CACAAAAUAAGAUGAUAAGAAAUAUGUGACCGCAAUUCAUUUCAUCACCCAACUAUAUAAUAUAUAUAUCUUCAGCCGAACCACUGAAACGAAGAAUCAUUAAUUACACCACACACACACAAUAUCCGAAAAAUCGACAAUGGCGGCAGCUGGAGUGAGCAUCACAACCCCCAAAAUCUUCGCCAAGGCGUCGUCGGACUCCUCGAGAUCUCACCCGAUCAACUUCUCGCAGCUAAACAGCCCGUGGAAGGGGUGCGGCGCCGCCCAAUUUAAGCAGAGCAGGAUGUUCGUCGUCCGCCCCGUGGCGGCGGCGCCGGAUCAGCUGUCUCAGAAGGUGGAGCAGAGCAUCAAGGACGCGCAGGAAGCGUGCUCCGGCGACCCCGUGAGCGGGGAGUGCGCGGCGGCGUGGGACGAGGUGGAGGAGCUGAGCGCGGCGGUGAGCCACGCCAAGGACAAGAGCAAGGAUACCGAUCCCCUGGAGACUUACUGCAAGGAUAACCCCGAAACCGACGAGUGCCGCACCUAUGAUAACUAAUUCAUAUUUAUUGGCUUAUUGCUGCUGUGUAUCAUUUUAUAUUUUGUUGAACGCUUUUAGUUUACAGUCCUUGUAUUAUUAUUAAGAAAAAUCAGGAUUUGGGGAUCACUGAUUGAUUGUUAUAUACAAAUACUAUACAAGUUCUAUUCAC